AUGGCUCCCAAGCGCCACGCGGCCUCAACUACCUCCGCGGCACCCUCCACGCCCACGCCCGCGCCCACAACACCGAAACUCUCCUCAGGUCCAGCAACCCUCAAGACCAAUGCCUCAGCUGCUGAGAUUGCUGGCCAUGUCUGGCAGCAGUAUGCCUCCACAACGCCGCAGCGGACACUCCUCCUAGAUGCCUUCAUGGCGUUCCUGGUUCUUGUUGGUGGAUUGCAGUUCGUGUACUGUGUUCUAGCUGGAAACUACCCCUUCAAUGCCUUCCUCAGUGGCUUCAGUGCUGCUGUUGGUCAAUUCGUCCUUACGGCAAGUCUGCGCAUGCAAACUAGCGACAGCGGUACCGGUUCUGGAUCGAAGCCGAGCUCCAAGGGAAGAAUGCGCGCUUUGCAGAUGAGAGUGAAGAACAGGGGACGGGUACUUCUCAUGAGAGGUGAGUUUCUUCGUUCGUUUUGUCUUUUGUGGGCCUUCGCCGAUUACAUCUUCGGAAGCUUGAUCCUACACUUUUUCUGCGUCAACUUUAUCAACUGA